AUGACCAGCCAGUCUCAAGGGAUCCACCAGCUCCUCCAGGCAGAGAAAAGGGCCAAGGACAAGCUCGAGGAGGCUAAGAAGAGAAAAGCCAAGCGUUUGCGGCAAGCCAAGGAGGAAGCAAUGGCAGAAAUUGACCAGUACAGAAUGCAGAGAGAUCAGGAAUUUCGACAGAAACAUGCUAAGAUAAUGGGCUCUCAGAGUAAUAUCUCAGAAGAAAUAGAAGCACAAACGCUAGAGAAGAUAAAAGAACUGAAUGGAAGCUACAGCAAGUCCAUGGAAAGUGUGAUCAACCAGCUUUUGAGCAUCGUCUGUGAUGUGAAACCAGAAAUCCACGUGAACUACAGAACUGCCAACUAA